UAAAUGUUGUUGGUGAAUAUCUGAGACAAUAAAUGACCCUUUAGUAGCCUGUAGGAGGAAAAGUGAAUAACGACUCUUGUCUCUAUCCAAUUAUAAAUGUCCAGUUUAAUUGGUUUAGCUACCGUGAGAAGAUAAAAUAAGAUGGACAAUCAAAGAUGUUCAGAGUGUGAGAAUUUCAAUCCCAAUCCCGUUUAUGGUUUGAAUGAAGCACAGCUAGAUAUCCUGGGACAGCGCAGGUGGAAGGCGUAUCGGACAAUUUGGGCAAAGCUGAAGGAGGAGCGCUGGUGUUCAGGUCCAAGACUGAAGAGCUGCUUCCUGUCUAUUGCACCUCUCUUGUCAUGGCUGCCACAGUACUCGCUCAGGAAAAACGCUAUUGGAGAUUUGAUAUCAGGAAUCAGUGUGGGAAUCAUGCAUCUGCCACAAGGGAUGGCUAAUGCUUUGUUGGCUGCAGUUCCUCCAGUGUUUGGUCUGUAUUCUUCUUUCUACCCUGUUCUCAUCUACUUCAUGUUUGGAACAUCCAGACAUAUCUCUGUGGGUACUUUUUCUGUCCUUUCCAUCAUGGUCGGUACGGUGGCUGGUGAUGUUGUGUUGGCAGGCGGCGGAGCAGAGAGUGAUGAGAUUGAGGCUGAAAGUGCUAGAGUUGCCUUUGCAGCUCAGUUGACCAUUCUGUGUGGACUGAUACAGGUAAAACACACAGAAGCUGUAUUAAUCCUGUAUUGGUGUGUGUGUGUGUUUGUGUAUAAAUCUCUCUCCCUAUAGAUUGUGCUGUAUGUGCUGCGUUGUGGAGGGGUGUGUCGGUGGUUGUCUCAGCCGUUGGUCAGUGGUUACACUACGGCAACUGCUGUCCAUGUGACUGUUCACCAGCUGCCUUUACUGAUGGGCAUCUCCAUAGUCAGACACAGAGGCGUCUUUGCUGUGUUCUGGAUGUUUUCAAACAUUGUGACUGGAAUCAGCAGAGUGUUACUGGCGACACUGGUAGUGUCCCUUGUCUCCCUGGUGAUACUUGUUGGUGGAAAGAUGGUGAAUUCACGGUGGAGCUCUCGAUUUCCCAUUCCAUGGGAGUUGGUACUGAUUAUCUUUGCCACUGUGUCGUCAGUGCAGUUUGAUCUGUCCGGUCAGUAUGGAAUACAGAUUGUUGGACCCAUACAAUUCGGUCUCUCACCUCCCUCCCUUCCAUCGUUUUCUGUCUCUCAGGAGCUGUUAUUGACAGCUCUUGCGUUGGCAGUGGUGGGCUAUGGUUUCCAAGCUUCACUGGGCAUGAUGUUUGCUCAUAAACAUGGGUACCCCUUUCACAGCAACCAGGAGCUGUUGGCUAUGGGUUUGUGUAACUCCAUAGGCGGGAUGUUCCAGUGCUUUCCAGUAAGCGGAUCCAUGUCUCGCAGCGCAGUACAGGAGAGUACAGGCGGACAAACUCAGGUUUCUUCUCUGGUGUCUGCACUGAUAAUUCUUUUGAUCUUGUUAAAGUUUGGCCCCCUUUUUCAGCAGUUACCAAAGACAGUUUUGGCUGUCAUUAUUUUAGUGAAUCUGCAAGGGGUUUUUGCACAAGUCAAAGAUGUGCCUAAACUUUGGAAUACUGACCGCUUGGACCUGGUAGUGUGGGUAGUGACGCUGUUCAGUGCUUUGGUGUUUAAUCUGGACCUGGGGCUUGGCAUUGCAAUUGUUUUCUCUCUGUUUACCAUCGUCUUCAGGACACAGCAGCCCAGAUCUGCUGUUCUUGGGCAUAUUGCUGGCACAGACUGUUACAGGGAUCUGGAGAAAUACUCAAAGGCACACCAGAUCCCUGGAGUGACUGUGUUUUCCUGUUGUAAUCCACUUUACUAUGCCAAUGCAGACCAGACCUUCACAUCACUCAAACAGACAAUUAGUAAUGACAUUAAUGAGAAUCCUGAAGUACAACCUCCAGACCAGCAGGGGGCUCAGUGUGCACAGCACUGCGUUAUUCUGGAGCUCAGUGGAGUCACCUUCAUGGACUCAGUGGCCAUAGGCUCAUUCAAAUCAGUGCUUCAGGAUUUUGAGAACACGCAGACCUUGUUUUUCUGUGCUUCAUGUCCAGAUGGUUUACUAUCUCAGAUGAAGAAUCAUGGUUUUGUUCCAGAUUUUCUGUCUCUUUCUUCAUUUUUUCCUUCAGUUCAUCAUGCAAUCCUGCACUACCAGGGGCUACAGAACACAGGCACAGAUGUUACAGAGCUGUGACCUUUAAUGACCUCCCUGCCUGACCGAUGAACCUGCAAACCUCAAAAAAUCCCUCACUACUGAGCUUUAGAAGUGACACUUCUAGAAAGAUUGGAAAAGGAAUACAAGAACUUCCAAUUUUGAUUUAAUGAUUUGGAGCAACUGUGUGCAUUUAUCUGGAUUUAAAGGGAAUUGCGGCAACCAUAGACUGUGGCGGCAACAGAUGCUUGUCUAUCGGCUAUUGCAGUGCUUCUCCGGACUCUGGUCCGGAUCCGGACCCGGAGGGAAUUCAGUCCGGGCCCGCCUCCAUUUCG